AUGGAUGAUAAGUGUGAACAAAUAAUACAUCAUAAUGGCAGUGAUUAUCACCAGAAGGAGACAAAUAAUACAAGUAGCAUUCACCACACUACCAUUACUACUACUACUACUACUACUACUACUACUACUACUACUACUACUACUACUACUACUACUACUACUAUUACGACUAUUACUACUACUACUACUACUACUACUACUACUACUACUACUACUACUACUACUACUACUACUACUACUACUACUACUACUACUACUACUACUACUACUACUACUACUACUACUACUACUACUACUACUACUACUACUACUACUACUACUACUACUACUACUACUACUACUACUACUACUACUACUACUACUAUUACGACUAUUACUACUACUACUACUACAUAUUUAUUUAUAUUAUUAAAAAUGUCAAGUUUAUAA